AUGAAACAACAUUUAGAAGAAGUUUCACAAAAAUUCUUUGAAAUUAAUUCACCUUUUACACUUCUUCAAAUUCUCAAUGAUAAAGCGAUAGCUUGUGAUUUCAUUGAAUGGGUUUUAUUAAAAAUUGAUAUUCGUUUAGGGAAGAAUAAAAUUUCAUCAAAUAAUGGAAAAUUAUCUUCUAAACCAAUUGAAAGAUUACAAAGUUUAACUCAAAUAUCAGCUUCACUAGGAAUAUGUAAAACAACUGAUACAGAUUUAAUUGAUGCAACAGCUCCUCAUGAUCGGUUAAUAAGUUUCUACUUCAAUUUAUUAAACAUCUUAAAAACUUCUCGAAUAUUUCUUAAUGAUGAUGAGAUACCAAAUUCAAUUAAACCAGAUGAUUUCAAAAAAUCAUGUUGUUUAAUUGAUUCCAUAUCUAAAGAUUGUGAUUUAUUUAAGAAAAUUGUCACAAAAGAAUUCGAUUUAUUUCCAAGAGAUGUAAUGUUAAUUAUUGGAAAAGAUAAGUCUGCGGAGGAUAUUGGAAAACUUGACCUUUCUAUACUUCAAUCACUGAAAGAAAAAAAAUUUCAAGAAUUACAAGACCUUAAUGCAAAAUCCAAUUGCAUACAAGAACAAGAAGCAAGUUUAUAUUUGGAUGAACCGGAUUUAGACGAUCAAACUCACGAUGAACUAUGUGUGAUUGCUAACGAUUUAACAUCUCAGUUUAAAACAUUCAGUAAAAUUUAUGAUAAUGAAAUUUCUCCAUGGAUCAAAAAGGACCAUGGCGAAAAAAUUGUUGAAGGUCUAGGACAUCAAGUGCAAGAAGCGAAUAAAAGAAUCCUUCAGGACUAUAAAACUAUACAGAAAUCAUUUGAAGAAAUCGUAUCUCAUCAUCCAAAUACGGUAGAGCCACAAUAUUCGGUUAACAACGAUAAUACGACUACUAAUUAUGAUAUAACAAAUCCGAAUAUGUUUAUAAUUAACAAUCGAGGUGAAUCUGGACUAGAAGCAAUCACAAGAUUACAAAAAGUUGAGCAAGUGUUGAAAGAUGGUAUUGAAAGAAGAGUUAAAAUAGUAUAA